AAAAUUAAUAUGUUCGGCCCAAAUCGGAUAACGAUAACAAUAUUUCUUUUUCUACACAAAAAUAUCGAUACAUUGAUAUUUUGAUAUAUUUUUCACAUCCCUAACUCUGCACUUGCAACUUUUUCCGUUUGAAACGCAAUAUUUAAUACGAGUAAUGAAUUUUAGCCAACGCCAAGCAGAAUGGCACACAAUUCCAGCAGUGGCUCUAAAUCAAGUCUUCGACUAUCUUCAGCCAGCCGAUCGACGGGCGGCGUCCAGUGUUUGCUAUUCCUGGAGACUUUCCUUCUUUCAGAAACGCUAUUUUAGAAACUUUCGCUUUCAGUUGGAUGUGGGCUGCGAUGAUCAAUUGGCUUUCUUUCAUCGCUCCAUGGCCAAUUUGGCAAAGGAACUGAUAGUGGUCUUUGACUUUCACAAUGCAUUUCAUAUCCAGAAAAUGCGACGCAUCCUGUACAAAGUGGCACGCUGUGAUAACAUCCGGGGAUUACGUUUCCAAACCCACAACGUGGGCCUCGUUGCCAUUGGGAACAUGCACAGCGAGCACUUGGCGGCCAUUGAACAAUGCUUCGUGGAGCCGCUGAAGCUGUUGCUCAACCGCAAGCGUCAGCCAUGCCAGCUGCUGGACCUUGGCGCUAUCGAGGCGCUCACCUACUAUGGCCACGACUUCCUCAAGGCCAUGGGCAAGCCCCAGGAACUGCUGCAGCUGACGCUUGCAAGCAUCAAGUACGAUCCUAGUCACUAUCCCAUCCUCUCGCUCGACACAACGUUACUGCAGAAGUGCGCCGCCCUUCAGGUGCUGUCUCUCGACUACGACACGCUCUCCGACGAGCUGCUGCACACGAUUCAGGUGCUUCCGCUGCGCAAGCUACUCAUCGCGGUACACGGCCUGGACAGCGAGGAGCAGCCGGACGUAUCGGAGUCGGCCUGGGCUCACUUUAGCGCCCAUUUUGCGAGCAUUGAGCUGGUGUUGACCCUGGUGUAUGCCUACGAGGCCAUCGAGUUGCUGCAGCACCGCGUCCUGCGUCGCAACAUGCCGAUAACCCACGUGCGGCUGCUCUUCUGCGAGCUGAUGAACGCCGAGGCCCUCGAUUGGAUGUCUAUACACCACAGCGAGACGCUGCGCAGCAUCCAAUACGUGGACUCGGCGUACAAGAACAACGGCUGUGUCGACUACACGCGCCAUGGCUACAUGCGCCAGGAUCCUUUCGUCAUGAUGGCCUGGCGAUGCAAGCGCCUCGAGGAGAUUGUGGUGCACGGCUAUAUGAUGGAUCCGCACAAUCUGGUGGGCAUUGCUCGGCUACGCGGCCGGCAGCUGAAGCGUCUCGAGGUCUCUCUGAUCGACUGGACCAGCGCCGCUUCGCUAAAUGCCUUUAAUGAGGAAAUAAGCACCUUGCUGGGGCAACAAUGGUCGCCGAUUACCCCCGAUAAGCUGCCGCCAUCGCUGGCCUUCGAUCAUGAGGUACGCGACCAGUUCGUGUACGAGAUGCUGCGCCAGGAUCUAAGCCAUUAGUAAGUCAAGAGGUCGAGAGAGUAACCAAAAAAAAAAAUGAAAAAAAUUAAGAAAGUCGUCAAGUGAAGUGAAGGGAGGGAAGUGAAGAAGUGCAGGGAAAAUCAAAAAAAACAUGACACGUGAUCAAGUCGAGCGCAUAGAAAUUAAUUUAUAAAUUGAAAAACCUAAUUACGUAGCUAAAACGAAACACAAGUGAAAAAUAUGUAAGCAAAAACGACAAUGCAUCCGUUAUAUACACUAAGUUAUCAAAAUUUUUAUAUGUAAAGCAAACGUUUCUUAA